AUGUACCCCGUUCAAUAUACUGGGUCAAUGAUUGACCAGCUUGAUCUAUACGAAUCCGUUCGCUAUCUCCGAGCACAAGCAGCAUGGUGGUUAGCAUGCAAUAGUAUAUCGCGCAACAAGGUACACGAAGAAGAAAUGCUACAUCCGAAAAGCAUGAUUUUCUUUGAAUCGCACAUCUUGGAUGGUCUGAGGAUUUGCGGCUACACGGACGAGGCUUUCGGUUCAAGGGCAAGAGGUUAUCCAGUUCUAGUUCAACUUACAGAUCCCGCUCUUACGACCGGAAUACUCGGACAUCCAUUCGAAAAAAUCCUCACAGAGUUGGUUGCAGCCGAAGGUCGCGAUGGAAGUUACGUUUUGGAUUUCCUAGCCUCUCUCUGGCCAGGUGAAUGGCUUGACGACGAAGACGCCCUGAGGGACUACACGCUAUCGAUUUUCUCGCCAUUCGAGAUUCAAGAUUCCAAAAAUAUUCUGGGUCUCUCCAGGUUCCUCAAGCUAAAUGGAUUUUUCCAACAACGAGAAUACGAAACAAUACAUGUCGAAAAAUCUAUCCGCGGCCACACAGUCUCUUUCAACGUAUGGCGAUUCGAAACCGGCAAGGGUCUCUCCAUCAAGAAAAGCUAUACUAUCCGAUUAUUAAUCGCCUGCUGGUUACCGCCCUUGCUAGUGAUCGUAGCAUUAUGCACCAUGCAUUUACUGAACCCAGACAUGGGAUUGGGUGAUAUCCUGUCUCUAGUUGGGGCUGGCUUGAGUGCACUCGCGGCAUGGAUUCCUGGGAUCGUGUUGAAAGGAUGGCAAUUGGGCGAUGCUGUUAGAGGGAACUAUUAUACCACCGACCUAGAUACCGCACAAGAACUCUCAAAGUCGAAAGCACUCCGAUUAGCUUCAUGUUAUCCUUCGAUUCGAAGGCAACGCGCGACUCAAGAUGCGUAUCUCGAACCAGCUCCCUUGGUCGCAACGGCUGUCCGGAGAGGAGAUGCGGCUGUGGUGGGCAAAGGCGGAUGCUACUUCGGGCUGAUGGGCGAACUCCGUGGGACGUUUUCACCCUUAGAAGUCACUUGCAACAGUGGUGUGCCACUGGAAGUUCUGGUGCUGGAACCUCUAGGGGCCCUCAAGAUACCGAUACCCCGGAAAGGGCGGGGCACGACAAAGGCUUAUGUUAAUAGAGGGUUUUACAAUAUCUCGGAAGUUCAACGGAAAAGUGAGGCGAGCGUCCAUUUGGAACAGCCGUGGCAAGCCGAUUUACCAAAACUACAAGUACUUCUGUCGACCAGGAGAUCAUCAUACCGACCUUAUCAGACAAAUGGACAGCUCGGAGAGCUAGUCUUAGAUCCGGAUUCGAAGACUUUGGCGACUGAAAGGUUUAAGAGAACCCUAAACUCUAGAUUUGGCGACAGGUACCUUGAAGACGUUGCCCUGUUGACACGGGUCUUGCGGGGUGGUAAAAAUCUACUAUUAGGGAGUAUGCUUUCGAAAUCGGGUGAAGAAAUGGUUUGA